UAGCUCUCAAAUAAUUUUAUACUGUAUUUGCUCAUAAGAUGUUGAGUAGCUUUAUUGGGCAGGUGUUGAUCUUUCUAUUUAUAGUUGCAAACAUUUUUUAUGUGUUGAAUGUUCUUAAAGUUGGGAGAGGUAAGGACUGCAUUUUUGUCUCAUUUGCAAAGUAACAUUAUGCUUAAAAUUUAGGCUUAAAUAAAUUUUAAUGAGCCAGACGAUUGCAGAUAACUAAGAAACUUCUUAUAUUCUUGAAUAUAAAGAAACUGAAGUAUAAAUUUUGAACAGAUAGAUAAAAAAUGACUAAUAUAGUGGUAAUUAGUGUAAUUAAUGUGAAAAAUUUAUAUGUUAUAUGUGCUGUGAUGCUUCUACAUAAUUUUAUUCUAAAUGUAUAAAUACCUAUGAGAUAGAGAAAGAUGCGCUAAGUUAAAAUGAAUAUAUUACUUUUUGCUAAAGGUGUGACUUAGAAAGGAUUGGUGUUUAGCUUUCAAUAUCUAAUUAGGUAGUAUGUUCAAGCUUAAGAAAAGAUUUUGAAGGAGCCCUAACAGAGUUAGAAGCAAAAAACAAUAGAAAAUUGCUUACCUUGAAGAUAAAUAUAAAUAAAAUGUAUUUAGAAUACAUAUGUAGGGCUGGCAGAAACUCAACAGCUUUAGAGAUCAUAUGAUAAAGUAACAUCAAAUUUAUGCCUAAAAAAGUAACUGGUUAAUUUUAUUUGUGAAAAAUGCUUUACAUUUGUUUGCAACAAAUAUGAAGACAUGAUUGACCAAAAAGUAUCUUGUAAAAUCGUUUCUAAAGCAACAAAAUAUUUAACUAUUUUGAAUUACAUAAUGUCAUAUACUUUUUAUUUUUUAAUAGUGAUUAAGGCUUUAAAAUAAUUUUACUUAAAUUAAUUUCAAUAAAAUAUAAAAAG